AAAAAGAAAAGAAAAAAAGUAAGUUGAGUCCCUCCCUUGUGUGUGAGCGUUACCCUCAUCUUCAAAAACAGAAAGGCAAUGCAAGCACUGAUAACAACAAACUUCCAUGGAAGCGGGAACAGCGCUCCGUGUCCACCAUCUCACUCUUAACACUCACAAUCCCAUUCCCUUUUCGAAUUUCACUUCAAAACCAAAAACAGCAUUCACUCUUUCAUCAUCAUCAUCAUCAUCAUCAUCAUCAUCAUCUUCUUCUUCUUCUUCUGUAUAUAGUUUCCGAACCCCAAAACCCAAACGCGAUUUCCUCGCUGAUUGGGUUUCUCAAAACGACGACGUCGUUCGCACUCUCCCUAUCUAUGUUGGAGCUGCUUCUCUCUUUGCCGUGCUCUUCAAUCGCGCCAUCUCUGGCAUCGCUCCGGUGGCCGACGCCGGCAGUUCACAAUCGAGAGCAGACCUCUUGACUUUAGGAUUGGCUGUCACUAAUAUUUUGGCUGGCCUUGUUUGGCUUUCAAUAAAACCUAAAUCUAUAAUUGUGGUAAAUCCUCAGGGAGUUGAAUGCAAGAGGAUGUGCACUGCUCUCCCCGAUGUUGCACUUACUGAGCUCCUUUGGGCGUGGGAAUCUCUAUCAGAUGUCACCUGCUGCCGGUCACUUGUUAUUGUUUAUGAAAGCAGUUGUGUACUUCAAUUUGGUUUUGCUGCAGAAUCUUCUCCUGGGAAUGGUGAGGCUGUAUGUGUGGACACCAAUAAAUUGAUAGAAGGAUCGGUAUAUCAGGGUGUUAUGAAAUCUGGAACUCAGAGUUACUUGGCUAAUCUAUCUCUUUAUCCUGGGAAGUCUGAGCUGCCAUUUCUGCCUUCAAAUACUCAGAAAGUGUUGUUUUGUAAGAGUGGAACGUGGGGAUGGGGUGUGGGUGGAUUUUGUGGUCCGAGUCACUGGCGUAGACACAGCAGACUCCUUCUUUUGACCUGUAGUGAAAGCAAGUAGGCUCUUUGGGAACAUAAUUUCUGCUAGGGAAUUAUGGCUAAUCCUAAUAACAUAGAGAUCAUGUGGCUGUGGCCUGUACCUAGAGAUGUAAAGGGGCUAAGAGUAUUCUUUUAAUUGACAAGCUACUGUAGACAUUUCAUGAGGGGAUAUAUCACGUUAGCCAAACUGUCAACUGUGUAAGGACUGUUAAAUGUGAGACAAGAAGGCCCAAACAGCAUUUUGAGAAACUGAAGGAGGCAGUCAUAAUGCUGGUUGAGACAGACCCUCCUAGCAAGGUGUUAUGGGCAAUACUUCUGCAAGGAGGGAAACCAAAAGCAUUUUGCAGUCAAGCAAUAAGUUAGUGUAUGAAAGAAAAUUGAUGGCAAUAGUUUAUGCAGGAAAAAAUGGAGAUAUUAUUUGAUGCGGCACUAUUUCGUGAGCUUGAAACAACAGUUAUUGAAUGAAGAACAAUUUAGAUAGGCUUCCACGUUAAUAUAGAUUUGAUUUUGAAAUACAGUAUACAACAGGGAAUGAAAACUGGGCUGGUGAUGCUCUCUCUGAAAGGAUGACCUAUACAGCCAUCAUUGUACUGAAGGUCAGUGUAUGGAAGACUGGAUUGAGAACAUUCUAAAGAAUGAACAAUACUAGCGGAUUAUCUAGGAUAUAAUAGUAGACCAUGAGUCACAACUUUUACGCUGGCUAUUGGUUGCAAGAGGAUCCAUUGUACUUCAAGGGGAAGUUGGUGGUGUAAACCACCUAAUCCGACCUUAUAUGUAGAAUUUCCUAGCUCUCCUUUAGAAAACCAUUCAGGUAUUUCUAACCUUUCAAAGCUUAGCAGGAUGGUGUAUUAGGAGGAAGGUAUGAAAAGGGAUCCUUAAAAUUUUGACUGCAUAAGACGUGUGCCAAUCAAACAAAUAUAAGAUACUAUCCCCGGCUGGUCAGCUUCAGCCUUUGCCUAUUCCAAGACAAAUGUGAUAUACUUUCUUGAUGGAUUUUAUUGGGUUAGAAAUUGCAAAAAGGGUCUAUGUACAAUUUUGGUGAUGGUUAAUUGGUUAGGCAAAUAUGCCUAUUUCACAGGCCUUAUCCAUCCUUUCACUGCCAGUGACAUUGCUGCGAUGUUUCAUUUACAUGUUUUCUCUUUAUCCUUUGUGUUGGAGAGACAAGUUUUUUCGAGGAAUCAUGGAAGAAGCUAUUUCUAAUGGUGGGGGGGUACCCAAUGCAAUUGUUGGAUUGGUUAUGCUAGGCAUAAUUAUGGACACUAAUUGCAGUGAUGUCCCCAAGAUGACUCGUUUUAAAGCCUUUUAUGGACAAUAUCUGCCCAUUUUGUUUGAAAGGAACCACUAUUCUCAUAAGUACAUAAGCACUUGGAGAACCCUCCCUUAAAAGCUAGCUAUUAAGGGGGAAGAACCGAGUGUCCCAUACUGCUCUCAAUGUGGGAGUUAGGCACCCCAUAAUACCCAAGCCCCUAUCAUAGUCCCUCACAUGUAGAAUAGGUUGACAGAAGAUAGGCAGGGCCGCCGGCUUAAGGCCCAAACUAGAAAAGCAAGUACUUUAAGUCUCCCUAAAAAAUAUUAUUGUUCCUUGUAUUUUUAGUCAAAAAAAUUAAAAAUAUUUAUGUACACUAAGGAAAAGGCUUCACAAGUAUUAAAAGAUAGACUAAUUGAUGUAAUUAAAAUAUUUGUAUCUCAAAAAACAAGAAAGGUAGAAUUUAAUACAAUAUUAUGAUAGAGCUAAGAAGGACUGUAGGCCACCUAUUACUAAAAUGUAUGUGAGGCGCCAGCCUGGCACUAAAUGAAAAUAACUAACUAGUGAAUAAUAGU